GGUAAGGCUUCAAUUAAUCAAGACAAUUAAAAACCAAAUCCCACUCGCAAUUAUAAAGCGCGUGUAAUUAAUCACGAAUAAUAAGGACUUCACAAAAACAGCACUUUCUCAUUAGUCAUUCUCCCUUCCCAAAUUCUUUCUCUCUCCUAUUCUCCCUCUUUCUCUCUCUUCUCUCUAAUUAUCCAUCACUCACUGCGAAAGAACUCCGCCAAAAAACUUGCUGUAACAAACUAACAAACCCAUUUCAUUGACUUCUCAUUUCAGAUCAUUCAAUUCUUCUUUCCCUUUUCUUUCCCAUUUUUUUCCCAUUUUUUCGGUGUUCUUAAUCUUGAAUUCUUGUGUCUUGUAAUGGAGGAUCGCCGGAAACAGAAGCCCCAGAGAAAACAAACAGUUCUUUACGGGUAAAUGUAUGUCCCGAAUUCUGAUUCUACACGACAAAUAACGGAAAAAAACAACCCCAUUUGCGUAGUUUGUUAUUUGUGUGGAAAAUGUCGGCGACAGGGGAGAAUACGGGGGAUGAAGCAACGGCGAAAGCCGUGCAUAAAAGGUAUGAAAGUCUUCUAACGGUGCGUAACAAGGCUGUAAGAGGUAAAGGGGCUUGGUAUUGGGCUCAUUUAGAACCAUUGUUGGUUCAUAACGCCGACAACGGUCUUCCUAAGGCGGUUAAAUUGAAGUGUUGUUUAUGUGAUACCAUGUUUAGUGCUUCUAAUCCUUCUAGAACCGCUUCUGAACAUCUUAAGAGGGGUACAUGUCCUAAUUUUAGCUCUCCUACCACUCCUAGACCUUUGUCUUCUGUUUCUCCUCCUCCCCUUGUCGAUUCUCAGUCUCUUUCUUCUGGAGGUGUUGUUGUUCCUUGUGGUCCUACUAUUACUUCCACUAGUACUAUGCCUUCUACUAUUGUUAGUCCUGGUAGUAAUACUAAUACUACUACUCCCACUCCUCCGCAAUUUAACCACCGUAAGAGAAGCUCCUCGAGUUCUGGUGGUGGUGAAGUUGGUGGUGGAAGUGGUGGGACUACUCCUAACACCAAUUCGAACGCUAUAGGUGCUGCUAAUGCUUCAUAUGUGGCUCCUAUUAGUGUAAUUGACCCGUCUAGGUAUUGCUCUGAGAUGGGUUUUUCAGGUGGUAGUGGUGCAUUGGUGGUUCAUCAACCUAACCAACAACAACCACAACAUCAUCAUCUUAUUGUUAAUCAAAAUUUGGCUACCAGGGGUGGUGGUGGUGGUGGAGGAGGAGGAGGAGGAGGAGGAGGAGGAGGAAGAAGAGGGGAUGAUUUGUCUGAUGCUCGAGGUAUGUUUGAGGACAGUAUAAAAAGAUUGAAGAGUCCUAAAGCAUCACCUGGACCUUCUUUAAGCAAGUGUCAAGUAGAUUGUGCUCUUGAUUAUUUGAGUGAUUGGGUGUAUGAAUCAUGUGGGUCUGUGUCAUUUUCAAGCUUAGAGCAUCCUAAGUUUAAGGCCUUCCUUAAUCAAGUGGGUGUCCCUGAGGCUUCUAAGAGGGAAUUUUGUGGGUCUAGGUUGGAUUCUAGGUACGAGGAAGUCAGGAAUGAGUCUGAGGUUAGAAUUAGAGAUGCUAUGUUCUUCCAAAUUGCUUCUGAUGGAUGGAAAUCCAAGGGUGGUUUUGAGGAAAAUCUGGUAAAUUUGACUGUUAAUUUGCCCAAUGGUACCAGUGUUUAUAGGAGGGCUGUAUUUACUGGUGGGCAGGUUCCUUGUAAGUAUGCUGAAGAAGUGAUUUGGGAAACAAUGGCAGACAUUUGUGGCAAUGGUCUACAGCGGUGUGUAGGUGUAGUAGCUGAUAAGUUUAAGAGUUCAGCAUUGAAGAAUUUAGAGGUUCAGAAUCAAUGGAUGAUUAAUCUUUCUUGUCAGUAUCAAGCCUUUAACAGUUUGAUCAAGGAUUUUUAUAGGGAGCUACCUUUGUUUAAGAAUGUUGCUGAGAAUUGUUUUAAGCUCGCAAAUUUUCUGAAUAACAAAACCCAGGUGCGGAAUAGCUUCCACAAGCACCAAUUAAGAGAGUAUGGUCUUGCUUGUUUACUUCGAGUUCCUACGAAAGAGCACGAAAUUUUUAAUUUCGAGCCUGUUUAUGGUUUGAUUGAAGACAUAAUGAGCUCAGCGCGAGUGCUGCAACUGGUACUCUUAGAUGAAUCAUACAAGAUAAUAUCAAUGGAGGACCCGGUUGCUAGAGAAUUUGGGGAGAUGAUUCGGGAUGUAGGGUUUUGGAAUGACUUAGACGCGGUGCGCUCAUUGGUAAAAUUGGUGAAAGAAAUGACUCAUGAAUUUGAAACUGAUAGGCCUUUAGUUGGGCAAUGCCUUCAUUUGUGGGAAGAGGUUAGGACUAAGAUGAAAGAUUGGUGUGCUAAGUUCCACAUUGCUGAAGAGCCUAUUGACAAGAUGAUUGAACGACGGUUCAGGAAGAACUAUCACCCAGCUUGGGCGGCUGCAUAUAUACUCGACCCUCUUUAUUUGAUAAGGGACAGCAGUGGGAAAUACCUUCCACCAUUCAAGUACCUUACACCUGAGCAAGAAAAGGAUGUUGACAAGCUCAUAACUCGACUUGUUUCGAGGGAGGAAGCACACAUUGCAUUAAUGGAAUUAAUGAAAUGGAGGACAGAAGGACUCGAUCCUGUUUAUGCACAAGCUGUACAGGUGAAGCAGAGAGAUCCUAUAACUGGAAAGAUGAAGAUUGCCAAUCCUCAUGGUAGUAGGCUUGUUUGGGAAACUUAUCUUCCUGAGUUCAAAUCACUAGGGAAGGUUGCCCUGAGGCUUAUCUUCCUUCAUGCCACAGCUCGCAGUUUUAAAUUCAAUUCUUCAUUGCUGAAAUGGGUUCAAACCCAUGGUCGUUCAAGGUUCGGUAUGGAUAGAGCACAAAAGAUGAUUUUCAUAGCUGCUCAUUUGAAGCUUGAGCGACGGGAUUUCACAAGUGAGGAAGAUAAGGAUGAGGAGCUUUUUGCUUCUGCAACCGUAACUGCAGCCUCAGAAGACGAAACUGUUGUACUCGAAAGGCCUCCUUAGUCCUAACACCAAAGUUGCAAUUCUUUCCAUGUAGUAGAUCCCAGAAUAUAGUUCAGCAUAAAUAAACGGUAACUUCUCGAUUCCCUUGUCUAUCAAAGACACGGCUAUAUCUUGUGAGGUGUAGCAAUAGAUACGAGAGCAAAAAAAAAAAAACAUUCUUUUUAGCUGGAGUUGCACUUGUCUUUUGAGUCUGCUCAACCCCACCAUAAAAGAAGGGGGAGUCUUUUUUGAACCUUUGGUGGUUGCUGCGAUUCAGCAAAAAAACCCGAAAAAACCCAAAAAAAAGUUAAUUUUGGGGUCGUAUUGUAUCAAAUCAAAUCAAGCUUAAGCUGAUAAUGUUCAUGUUAAAGACAGAUUGCUGCUCACUGUGAGGACCCCAAAACGACAGAAUGACUCUAUUGUGAAGAAACAAACAGAAGAAAAGGCGAUAGAGAUUUCGCAAAUUUGAUUUGAAUGUCAAGAUUUGGCGAUAUUAAUUUGAUAAUUUUGCAGGAUUAGACAGUCGUAGUAGUCAUCAACUCAGUAUCUCGCACAGGUCGUUAGAGAGAAUUAGUCGAUAAUCCAUACUCCUAUUAGAGUAGACAUUUUAGACUUUGUACAUUAGCUUCCAUUUUAAGUUUGCAACUUUUUAGUCCUUUCCUUUUUAUUAUUCAACUUUAUGUCAAUAUUAUUGAUCAUCUUCAUUCUUUGUUAGCUAAAGGUUCUCUGUUGACAUCUUUUUUGGAUUGAUUAUUUUGGUCUGAUGUCAAUGUAAUUCUGUUUUUCUGGGUUGUGUGUUGUUGGUUUAUAAAGAAAGAGAGAAAGAUUUAUGCUUUAACUUCAAUUUUAUUCAAUCAUGUAUCAUUUCUGAUACUGUUGCUUUCAGCACACCUGAUGCUUUGAAAUUUGAAGAAUGUUUGGUGGGUCCCAUUUUGGAAUAUUGUAGUAGUAUCAAGUAUCAACUGCUCUGUCUCUCAAAUUCUCUGGACUUGUAAAACAGGAAUUCCUUUGAAUUUUGUGAAAUGGGAUUUUUUUGUCUUUAUAAUAUUUAUAAAAUAUUUUGGGGACAUUAGGCCCUAAUAUUAGAUCCAAAUAGUCAAGUCUACGCAAAAACUUAUUCAAAAAUUCAGCUCGUCCAAUAUGAGAUUGCCAUAUUAUGAGACGCGUUUAUAUUAUUAGCUUAUUUUUCUAAUUUAUUACUUUAAA